UUUCACAGCACUAGCAAGCCAUGGCUAGAUCCCUCGUCUUUCUCUUGCUCGCCCUCGCUUCCGCCCUCUCAACCCUAUCCCUGCCCGCAGCCGAGGCGCACCGCGAUCCGUCCAUCGCCUCCCUGAUCACCCGGCAGCUCUUCGACACUAUCUUCCUCCACAAGGAUGACGCCGCCUGCCCAGCCAAGGGCUUCUACAGUUACGACUCGUUCGUGCGGGCCGCGAGCUGCUUCCCGGAGUUCGGCCGCACAGGGAGUGCGAGCACGCGCAAGAGGGAGGUCGCGGCCUUCCUCGCGCAGGUGUCACACGAGACUACCGGCGGGUGGCCGACGGCGCUGGACGGGCCAUACGCGUGGGGGCUGUGCUUCAAGGAGGAGGUGAGCCCGAAGAGCGACUACUGCGACCCGAGCAACAAGGAAUGGCCCUGUUACCCGGGCAAGUCCUACAGCGGAAGAGGACCCAUCCAACUGUCUUGGAACUACAACUACGGACCCGCGGGGAGAGCGCUGGGCUUCGACGGGCUGAGGAACCCGGAGGCGGUGUCCAACGACUCGCUGGUGGCGUUCAAGACGGCGCUGUGGUUCUGGACGACGGAGAGGAAGCCCAAGCCCUCCUGCCACGCCGUCAUGGCCGGGAAGUACCGGCCGUCCAAGUCCGACCUCGCGGCGAACCGGACAGCCGGGUUCGGGCUCGUCACCAACAUAAUCAACGGCGGCCUCGAGUGCGGCAUCCCGGGCGACGAGAGAGUCAACGACCGGAUCGGCUACUUCCAGAGAUACGCCAGGCUGUUCGGGGUCGACACGGGACCUAACUUGGAUUGCCAAAACCAGAAGCCCUUCUAGUAAAAAGAAAAAAAAUACAAAAUAAUUGGAUUGAAGAGAUGACGAAGAUUAGUUGGGUACCAUGAUCUCGUGCGUCCUAAAUAAAAUUUUGCAAAAUGGUCCUUGUCGGGACAAAUGGUAAAUUCCAAGAGAA